CGCAUAUACACAUGUGCUGCUACAGAAGGGGGUUACGAGGCUUCUGUAAUAAUCAUCCCUUUGGUGUACACAACAUACAUAUACGCGUAUGGAUAUGAUCACUGGGAAUGGCGGUAUCUUUCACGUCAUAAACUCAGACCUUUAAAAUUGUUUUAGUUAAUGCCGCUGUAUGUGCACAAGGCUGUCGCUGUUGUACAUAAUAAUAAUAUGCAUGUGGUACAUUCAACGGGUCAGAAUUUUCACUUUGCCGACAUCAAUUCGCACCACGGCCGUACAAAUGUUUUCAUAUUUUAUGUUUUAAACCCAAACCGUGUAUUUUACAUUGGUCGAAUAAAGAUUCAUUUUUUAUGGGCUCCGUUAAGUGUAUGCGUGUGAUAACUAUGAAAACAAAUGUAACGCAAAUUUAAAUACACGCGACGAAUUGAAAUUUUAUCGAAGGAAAUAUUUGCUCGCCUAAAGUUUUAUCGUACUCUGCAACGUAUGACGAUUUAUAAAACAUAAAAACGUCGUGAGGGCCUUGUGUUAGGCGUUGACUAAUGGCGUCUUGGAAAAAUAUUUUUAUUUAAUAAAUGAUUACGAAGUUCCUACCUAUUUUGUAGCCACUAGAAUUUUCAACAGUACACGUCCCAAAGUGACUAUCGUUGUACUAACAAUACGUUUUCCGCAAAUUAAAAAAACACGACGGGUUCUUAUCGGAGUUUAUUGGAUAGUUUUAGAUUUAGACGGCGGAAUGGGUUCGGACGAGACUUGCACUUCCAUUGGUGACAAUUCCAAUCACGACGGAUCCCUGGGAGGAUGUGCUCCUGGAUCAACAAACGACGACGACCAGGCGAGGCUUAGACUCAAAAGAAAACUGCAGCGAAACCGGACGUCAUUUACGAACGAGCAAAUAGACAGUCUGGAAAAAGAAUUCGAACGGACUCACUAUCCAGACGUGUUUGCCAGAGAGAGACUUGCCGGCAAAAUUGGGUUGCCCGAAGCCAGAAUUCAGGUUUGGUUUUCUAACCGUCGCGCUAAAUGGCGAAGGGAAGAAAAGCUUCGGACACAACGUCGCCCCAACUCCAACCAAAACCAACAAUCGAUGGACCCGCAGAAUCAACAACAGCAGCAACAGCAGCAAACGUCUCCUAGUCGGAUGAACGGGUUCACAACGAACAACAACACCGAACCUAAUCCUAACAUGUACACCACGAUUGGCGGACACGACGCUUUUGGGCCAAUGUCAAUGAACUUCGGCAUGCCGAGCAGCAAUAAUGAGAACGGGCUGUCCCUGUCCAUUAUGCCGGGACAUCAUUCGAUAACUGGCGAUCAACGAGACGCAUACGGUUGUAUGUCUAGGCCGACGUAUGACACAUCUCCGCCAUUAGCUAUUGGAACGCCAGGAUAUUUACGACCGCCAUUGUCACCGACUCCGAACAGUAGUCCACCAGCUCACCACACCGCAUAUCACCACCAUCCCCCACCAUCAUCAAUUAACGGUCACCAUCCACAUCAUCAUGCCCAUCAUCAGUAUAACAUGAACAGUUCUAACUCGACAGGUCUUAUAUCGCCCGGUGUAUCAGUACCAAUAGCUGUUCCAGGACAUACAACAGACUUAUCUGCCCAAUACUGGCCACGUUUGCAGUGACGCCAGGCUGUCAAGUAGAACAACAAAACAACAUUGAAUUAAAAAAUAUUAAAAUCGUGCAAUUUUCAACGAUAUUUGGAGUUAUUUAAUUAUAAAUGUAAAUAGUAUAGUAAUAAUUAUGAUUGUAAUUAAAAAAAAAUUAUAGCUUAAUAAAAAAAAACAAAAAUUGUACAUAAAUUAUAGUUUGUUUUUCUUUUUAACCAAACAAUGUCGAAUUAAUACUAAUAAUUAUUUUCAAACAGUUCACUAAUAAUUAAAAUAUAAGUGUAUUGGUUGUUCAAAUUGUAAAUUAAUAAUACUUAAAUAUACCAAAUUAAAAAUUACUAUACAUAUGACUAUUUUUAAUUUGUAAAUGUUAUCCUUAUAAGUACUCUGGUCGUAACGUGUCCAUUUGUGUAUUCUUCAUUUUAAAUUUUGAAUUAAUAUAUAUUUUUAUUAUACAUUCAGUUUCCAUUCAAGAAACUGAAUUAGUUUUAAAUGUGAAAACUUGAACCUCAUCAG